CCUCGUAUCCAAGAUCCCAAGUGCGGCUGUCCACCCACGGCCGGUCUGAAACGCCGUGUUCUUUUUUCUGCCAAUUGGAUUCGUGGGCGGCACUCUGCUUCGGCGCAAAGGGAAAGGAUCCGGUGCCGGAGAAGGAGCCGCGCGCUGCCACGGCAAUUGCCCUGAAACUUACCCCUACGCGUGUUCUAUAUAUACGGCGAGGCAGGCACCCUGCUCCCAACAAACCUGUUCGACACCUGACAGCAAUAGCAGCAGCAGCAGCACGUUCAAUUCGCCCAUCACUAGACAUUCGACAAGAACAGCAGCAGCACCACAGCAUGAGGACGGAGAUGGUGAUCCGGAUGCAGGGCGGCUCGGACAAGGGCCAGCAGGGCGCCAGGGCGAUGAAGGUGGCGGCGGCGGCGGCCGGGGUGGAGUCGGUGGCGCUGGCUGGGAAGGACAGGAGCCUGCUGCGGGUGGUCGGCGACGGCGUCGACUGCAACGACCUCACCACGCGCCUGCGCCGCAAGGUGGGCCGCGCCGACCUCGUCGAGCUCCGCACCCUCCACGCCGCCGCCGGCUACUACGGCUCCCGCGCCGGCCUCUCGCGAGUCGAUUCCGGAUACUGGGGCGGUAGCAGCAGCAGCAGCUACGGCGGCGGGUCCUACUCCUAUCCCGCGACGACGGCCGGCGGCUCCGCGCCGGAGCACUACUACGGCCACCACCAGCAGCAGCAGCCGGCGUCGUACGGGUACGGGUACUACCCGCCGGCGGCGCCCACCGUGGUGCACCACGAGUACUACCCGCCCUCGACCGACCCCAACGGCUGCUCCAUCAUGUAGUAGGAAUCGAUACGGCAGUUGUACAUUGUGUAGGCGGUAGGCCUAGGUCAUUAGGAUGUGCUUGCUUGCCUCUCUUCUAUGUGUUGACGAAGAUGGUGACGAUGCUGUGUUAGUUUGAGUUUUCUUACUCGAAACAGGGGCUCGUUUUAGUUGUGCCCCUGCUGCCCCGUUUCAUUCAUUUGUGUGGCCGCGUGCUUUGUGGAUUUGUGAAGCUAGUGA